UCACUCUUGUUGCCCAGGCUGGAGUGCAAUGGUGCAAUCUCGGCUCACUGCAACCUCCGCCUCCCAGGUUCAAGCAAUUCUCCUGCCUCAGCUGCCUGAGUAGCUGGGAUUACAGGCAUGUGCCACCUCGCCUGGCUAAUUUUCUAUUUGUAGUAGAGAUGGGGUUUCUCCAUGUUGGUCAGGCUGAUCUUGAACUCUGGACCUCAGGUGAUCUGCCCACCUUGGCCUCCCAAAGUGCUGGGGUUACAGUCGUGAGCUACCGUGCCCGGCCUGUGUUAGGUCUUUUGAUUAUUUAAGAACUUAGUCUUCUCAAUAUUAAAACUGCUAAUUUUUUUAAAACUGUAAUUUUCUGUACUUGCCUUUGAAAUGUUUAGUCACUUUGGCAUUUCUUCGUAAUUAUCUGUGAUCCUGUUAAAUCAAGUGUUGUUUUGUUUUGUUUUUGGAGACAGAACCUCGCUGUUGCCCAGGCUGGAGUGCAGUGGCAUGAUCUUGGCUCACUGCAACCUCUGCCUCCCAGGUUCAAGCGAUUCUCCCACCUCAGCUGGGACUACAGGUGCACACCAACAUGCUUGGCUAAUUUUUUGUAUUUUAGUAGAGAUGGGGUUUCACCAUGUUGCCCAGUCUGGUCUCGAACUGCUGAGCUCAGGCAGCUCGCCCACCUUGGCCUCCCAAAGUACUAGGAUUACAGGUGUGGAACCACCGUGCCUGGCCUAAAUCAAGUGUUUUAAACCUUUGAUAUUUUCAACAAACUUCCCAAAAUCAAAUUCUAAAUUGUUUUUUUCUUUUGUUUUUGAUAUGGCUUCUCACUCUGUUGCCCAGGUUGGAGUGCAGUGCCAUGAUCUCAGCUCACUGUAACCUCAGCCUCCUGGGUUCAAGUGAUUCUCCUGCCUCAGCCUUCCGAGUAGCUGGGAUUACAGGCACACAGCACCAUGCCCAGCUAAUUUUUGUAUUUUUAGUACAGAAUGGAGUUUCUCCAUGUUGGCCAGGCUGGUCUUGAACUUCUGAGCUCAAGCAAUCAGCCAGCCUAGGCCUCCCAAAGUUCUGGGAUUACAGGCAUGAGCCACUGUGCCUGGCUAAAUUGUUUUUUUCUUCACUUUAACUUUGGGAUUUUCCAGACAGGUUUCUUGAAUGUAUCAAAAUAAUUUGUAUAAAAAGACAGACAUAAAAAGAGAGAUAUUAAACUGAUUAGGCUUAUUUUAGAUGUUAAAUUAUAUGAGGAGCAUUGUCAAAUGAUAAGUGCUGCUAAAACCUUAUAUUUGUAAUUGAUAUGAGUAUUCCAGAAAUUAUAUGAAAUUUCUAAAAAUCUAACAUGUCCUGGUAUAAUAGUAUCAGUCGUAAUUUUGAUUAUUGUUAAAAUGUUGCAUGUCACAUAAAUAAUGAAAUUUCUUUUUCUUUUCUUUUCUUUUUUUUUGAGACAGCAUUUCACUCUUGUUGCCCAGGCUGGAGUGCAAUGGUGUGAUCUCGGCUCACCACAACCUCCAUCUCCCAGGUUCAAGUGAUUCUCUUGCCUCGGCCUCCUGAGUAGCUGAGAUUACAGGCGCCCACCACCACGCCCGGCUAAUUUUGUAUUUUCAGUAGAGAUGGGGUUUCUCCAUGUUAAUCAGGCUGGUCUUGAACUCCCAACCUCAGGUGAUCUGCCACCUUGGCCUCCCAAAGUGCUGGGAUUACAGGCGUGAGCCACCAUGCCCAGCCAAUAAUGAAUUUUCUAUGUCAAUUGUAUUAUAAUAAACUCAUAUCAGAUUUUUAAUGAUGGCCAUUUUAAGUCUUGUUAUCCUCAGACAGUUAACUAUUUUACUCUGACACUUUGCUGAAAGCUUUUGCAAACAACUAUAAUCCUAAAAUGUUUCAUCUUCAAGGAGAUUCAUGGAUCAAUUCUAAGGAAAUUGAUGGGUUCAUGAAACUGCUAACCCAAUACUAGGCAGGACAAGAAUUAAUUACAUAGACUGAAUAAACUGACAAGGAUAAUGUUUGUGCCUUUUUGUUUAAAACAUUUCUGGUUCUUUAAUAUUUGUUUUCCAGGCCGGGCGCGGUAACUCGUGCCUGUAAUCCCAGUACUUUGGGAGGCAGACGGGGGAUGUAUCACCUGAGGUCAGGACUUCUGAGACCAGCCUGACGAACAUGGUGAAACCCCGUCUCUACUAAAAAUACAACAAUUAGCUGAGCAUGGUGGUGGGCGCCUGUAAUCCCAGCUACUUGGGAGGCUGAGGUAGGAGAAUCACUUGAACCCGGGAGGUGGAGGUUGCAGUGAGCCGAGAUUAUGCUAAUGCACUCCAGCCUGGGUGACAGAGCAAGACUCUGUCUCAAAAAAAAAAAAAAAAAGUGAAUAAAAUAGAAUACUCUCUUCCUUUCUCCGCCAUCAUGGUGUGUGCUUGACUCCACUUCUCGCCAUGUCUUCUCACAAGACCUUCAGGAUUAAGCCAUUCCUGGCCAAGAAACAAAAGCAAAAUUGUCCCAUUCCCCAGUGGAUUCAGAUGAAAACUGGUAAUAAAAUCAGGUACAACUCCAAAAGGAGACAUUGGAGAAGAACCAAGCUGGAUCUAUAAGGAAUUGCACUAAGACGGCACACAUAUUGAUGCUGUCUGAAGGUCACAAUCACGUUACCAUAUCAAGCUGAAAAUGUCACCACUAUCGAGAGAGUUCGAAAUGUUUUCCUCUCUGGAUCUGUUAUGAACGUGUUGGUUGACUGGGUUCAGUAAUAAAU